AUGAAGGCUCUUGCAAAAUUGGACGUACCAGGAUACUUACAGAGAAUGAUCGACAGUUAUUUCCCUGGGAGGGUCCUCAAGUACGACACGGAGUGUGGUCCUGAACAGUAUAGAGUGACCGGAGGGGUGCCUCAAGGCUCAGUACUGGCGGUGGGACCUCAUGCGCUGAUUGUACGGCCUAAGGACAAAGAGAAAUACUCGGAUAUUCUACGCCAGAUGAAGAAGGAUGUUCCCUCCGAGGACGCUAGCGGUUGUAUCGAUAAGAUCCGCCGAACAGCAACCGGGGAUAUGCUGAUCAUCCUUAGCAGAAAUACCACUGACGCAGCACCUAAGCUGCGUAUAACCAUCAUCAAUCUCCUCGGAGAGGAGGCUGAGGUGCUCAGUAAGGGGCCACAAGAAGAUCUCCAGAUCAAAGAUCUCGACGAAACCACAUCGAAGGAGGAUGUCAUCGAAGCCCUACGAGCAGCAGCUGGGGAGGAGCACGAGAUCCAAGCAGAUGCGGUCAAGUCCCUUCGUGAAGCUGAUGGAGGUACCCAGACUGCCUCAGUGAGACUCACAGCUACGACAGCGAAGAAGAUCCUGGGGGAGCUCGAGAAGAUUAAAAUAGGCUGGGUCAACUGCCGAGUGAAAAGAGUGGAGAGACCAUUAAAGUGCUUCAAGUGCUGGCACUAUGGCCAUUUCGCCACCACAUGCAAGGGUGAAGUCAAAUGCGCUGAGCUCGGCCACACUGUAGCUGCCUGCAAAAAGAAACCCAAUUGUGCCUCGUGCACUAAGGAAGGGAAUACGGCGAACUGCGCUCAUUUUGCUGGCAGCACCAGGUGCCCAGUUCAUCAGGAGGCGCUACAGAAGUUGACCAACAGACGAUGA